AUGAAUUCAUCGAAGGAAACGAAGUCCUCAGCCAAGGCACAAAAGAAACAACAAAAGACAAUUCGGAAACAACAACAACAGCAGCAACAACAAAACAAAACCAAAGAACACGACGAACAAACAACGCUGACCAAAAAUCAGAAAAAUUCCCUACAAAAUAAAUCCCAGAAAAACGGUGGCAACCCUCCGGUAGUGGUAGUGGUCAAUCACAAUAACAAUAAUAUCGUACAUGAAAACAACAACAAUAGUACGAAUAACAACAACAAUGUUAGUCAAAAGUUACGGGAAUAUUAUGAACAACAACAAUUACAGAAGCAACAACUACUGGCAGCCAAUAAAUCGCUGAUACCAGGCUAUGAAAAUGGACCCCCGAAAUUUGAACGUUCCGGAAGUUUUUCCCUCAAGGGUAAGCUGUCGAAGCUCAUCAAUUCGAUAACCAGCAGCAAGGAAAAUCUGAGUAAAGCCGAAGAGGAUGCGGGAGGAGAAUUGCCAUUCAAAUUUACCCGUAGCCGAUCGAUGAUUUUACCACGUCGAACCAAUCGAAGGAGUUUAAUUGAACCCCAGUUGGAACAGCUGUCGGAAGAGGUUGAUGCCUCUUCGCCAGCCUCACCGCGAAAAAAUUCCAUUGAAAAUGUGGAGAUAACACCGCAAAGACCCAUAUCCUCACCGGAGGGAACCUCAGCGGCCUCGGCAACUUCCACUCCCCUCGAUUCGGCAACAAAUUCAGCGAGUAAACUGAGAAAAACCUCCACUCCUGUCCUACUGGCCGAUCCCAAUUUCGAUCCCAUAGCCAACUUUAAAAAACGCCGCUCCAACACCUUCAUGUCCUCCUUCAAAAGCACCCUGGCCGGUCUGACGGGUAGCGAAAAGAAAAAGGAAAAACUCAACGACAAAUGGCGUGCCUCCCUACAAUCGCUGCAGGCCAUCGAUAACAUGGUCAGCUACGAGAACAUGUCCUUCAUCGACUAUGACAAGUUCAACGGCUACGAGAAACAGUUGGAACGCAAACUCUCCCAAAUCAGUAUCAUGGAUCCAUCGCUGAACGCAUCGAUGAUCACGCCGGACACUUCGCACAUUUCGGACACCAGCUCGUACAUACUGCCAUCGCCCGUUGGUACCCCUUCGAACGUUUCGGCUCCCUCACCAUUUGUUACGCCGCAAACGGUAGUGCGACGUCGUAAAACGUCAUCAACGUCGUUGCACGGUUCCGCUCGUAAGCUGGCCGAUCGUCGUAGUGCGUCGCGCAAUAGCUUUACGCUAGAUUCAGAUUACGAGCACAAUCUGGACAAACCGCGUAACGUAUAUCGGGAAAGUUUGGAUUCGCGUAAACUCGAACUGUUGAAUGAGAUGUCGCGGAAUUCGUAUAUUUUGGAUAGUGAUCUGAUCGAUAUAUUGGAUUUGGCAGCGGUAACGCAUGGGAAACGUGGUACCAGUGGCGGUAGCGGCAGUGGCCAGCAUAGGCCGAAUUAUCGUCGCGGAUGCAGUCAUACCAGUGGCAGAGAUGUCGUCGACGGAGUGUGUGCCGGUGGAGUUAAUGUACAG